UCAUCGCUAACAUAAGGUCCAUCUCUAAUUAAAAACAAAACGUGCGCCAUGCCGCCAAAGUCGAGUAGCAGUAAAAAGAAUCAGGCAACUUGGUAUUACUGUGAAUCCUGUGAAGUUCAUAUACCAACAAAGGCGCGUGAUGGCCACGACAACAUUUGCUCUAUUCUCUCCACGGCGGGUGAUGUGCCAGAAGAUGCCGAAUAUGUACAAAAUGAGCAGAUCUCUACAAGCAGCCUGCAGCAAAGGAACUUUGAAGUGGAAUCUCUUACAGAUUUGCCCCUGAAAUAUGUGAAUAUGUUGGUAUUCAUAUCCGAGGGGGCCAUGCAAUUGGCCAAAUUGCAUAUUGGCCAGCAUGUGGUGAUAGAAACCAAAAACCAAGAGCCACUUGUGAGAAUCGUUUGGCCCAUAUCAGAACAAUUUCUGACCACAGUGUUUCUAAGCGAAAGAGAUUUCAAGCUCCAUGGUGCUGCCAGAAGGGGUAAAUCCUUGAAUAUUAGAUCCUUGGAUACCAAAGCACUGACCACAGCUGCAAAUCUCUCCUUAAGAUGUGAAACGGAAUUGGAGGAGUUACAAGUCAAAGAAGUUGCCGCAUUGCUCAAACAACAAUUGAAGAAUCAAAUUUUAAGCCUGAAAAGUAACAUUCAAUUGAAUUUCUUUAACAAAAAUUUAAAAUUCAAACUGAUCGAUUGGCAAGGCUCAAUGGAGGAAGCCUUAGCAGGACUAAGCCUAAAAGAUGAGGAAACAAAGGAGAAGUUCAUUCAAGUAAACGAAACUACCAGAAUACAACUAAUAAAAGAAAAAGAUGAGCUGGAGGAGAAGAAAGAGGACAAUUUGAUUCAAAUCCGCAUAGGCGGCCUGGACAAUCAAUUAAAACAAGUUGAAGAAUGUCUAGACUUUGCUAUGGGCUUUAGAAAGGCACCUGCUGGUCUUAAAAUUUCGCGUGGAAUGCUUAUCUAUGGUUCCUCCGGCUGUGGAAAAUCCCUUGUACUCCAGACAAUGGCAAAUUAUGCCAAAGAGCAGAGCAACGGUCAAGUCAAAUUGUUGACCAUACAAAGUGGCGAAAUUUUUAGUAAAUUUCUAGGUGAAACCGAAAAGAAAUUAUCUAAAAUUUUCGGUCAGGCCUAUAAGCAUUAUCCUCAACCCACAUUGCUGUUAAUCGAGGACAUUCACAAUCUGUGUCCCAAGCAGGAAGCUUCCAACAAUGAUCUAAUCAAGCGGGUUUCUCUCAGUCUGCUCAAUCAAUUGGAUCAACUGAGUAGUUCAAACAAUCAAAGAGCACAAAGAACUUUCCUCCUGGCAACUACAUCACAAAUUGAUGGAUUAAAUCCAAGUAUACGUCGAGGUGGACGUUUGGAUAAUGAACUAGAAAUAAUGCCACCCAAUCCUCAAGAGAGAGCUUCUAUACUCCAGAAAAUGCUUGAAAACUUGGAUCAUAAUCUGGUCGAAGAAGAUGUACAGAAAAUAGCUGCAAUUACCCAUGGCUAUGUGGGAGCUGAUCUCGCCCAGGUGAUCUAUACGGCCAUGUUACAAGCUCAAAACACCAAUGAAGCAAUUUAUCUUAAACAUCUUCAAUUGGCUAUUUCUCGGAUUAAACCAUCUGCCAUGCGUGAGGUGCUUAUCGAAUGCCCCAAUGUCCUGUGGUCCGACAUAGGAGGACAAUCCCAAUUGCGUUUGGCUCUUCAACAAGCCAUUGAAUGGCCUCUGUUGCAUGCCGAGAAAUUUCAACGCUUGGGCAUCAAACCUCCUAGAGGAUUACUUAUGUUUGGUCCUCCUGGUUGCUCCAAGACCAUGAUAGCCAAAGCUUUGGCCACCGAAAGUCAUCUCAAUUUUCUCUCCAUCAAAGGUCCAGAAUUAUUCUCCAUGUGGGUGGGUGAAUCAGAGCGUGCAGUACGUGAAGUGUUUCGCAAGGCUCGCCAAGUGGCUCCGGCAAUUGUAUUUUUCGAUGAAAUCGAUGCUAUUGGCGGUGAACGUGCCGAGGGAGAUUCAUCGGGAUCUUCGGUGAAAGAGCGCGUCCUCACACAAUUGCUUACCGAAAUGGAUGGCGUGGAUUCAUUGCAGAAUGUCACCAUAGUGGCAGCCACUAAUCGUCCAGAUCUGAUUGACAAAGCCCUAAUGCGUCCAGGACGCAUUGAUCGCAUAAUCUAUGUGGGACUACCCCAAGCAGAGGCACGCAAUGAAAUUUUACGUAUUAAAUUGCGUUCUAUGCCUCUGGCCCAAGAUGUGGAUAUAGCAAAAUUAACUGAGCUUACAGAUGGUUACUCGGGAGCAGAAUUACAGGCUGUAUGCCAUGAAGCAGCCUUGCGUGCUCUCGAGCAUAGUUUCGAGGCGGAUACGGUGGAAUGGCAGCAUUUUGAAUAUGCCUUAAAAGCCGUACAACCACGAACGAGUCCAGAACUAUUGAAACUCUACGAGGAGUAUGUAAAAAGAAAAUAGUAUAAAUAAAUUAAGCAUAAGCUAUUUAAAAUCGUUUCUUAAAUGCAAUGAAACUGUAAACAAACCUUGUUUUUAUUAAGGGUUGUUAGAUUAAACGCCAAGGCAGAUAAGAUGAAGAAAUCUUUUUGCUUUAGAUUGUGUUGUCUGGCAUACUAAAUCACAGAUCAAUUUCCACACCAACAGACUGAGAAAUCAGUUCCAGAAGAUAUCGAUUUGACGUGGCGCAUUGCUAACAAUUAACUGGACAACAAUUGAAUGAAUUGAACCAUGAAAAUAAACCUCAAAUAACCCAUUCGUUACUUAAGAAUUUAUGUAGAAAAUAAAAACCGAACUGUUUAAGAAAUCAAAAAGAGCGCAAAGGUGAGAGCAAAUGAGUCUUUACAUACAUAUUUAGUUGACAAAUUUGCGAAAUAAUCUAAAUAGAGAGAAUAUCGAAUACAGUGAAACGAAAAUAUAAACAAACGCUGACUGACGACGACAUUAACAACUAACUACAUAUUAUUGUUAUUAAAAAGUUUUUACGUGCAUAAAAUUUAA